AUGAACUCGUUAAAUCAGUUGGUUGGAUGUCUUCCUUUUGAUCAGGAGAGAUUGAAGGAAGCUAUUGCUGGAAAAUGCAAUGUUGUCUGCAUCUCAAAGGACAGCAGAAAUCCACAACCUUCAGCUGAAGAACUUGAAGCAGCGGAUUAUGUCUUUUACCGCGUAUUUGAUGUCAAGAGCUGUACGGUAUCAGAUCAUAUGGAUGAUAAGGUUGGCGGGCUUGAAGUCAAGUAUGUAUUUAACAAAGGAGAGAGUGUUAGGACCCCUGCUGUUCCAAAUCAUAAUCCGAGUGGCAGAGAAAUACCUGAAGUUGCAGUUAAUGGAGCAAACUAUGUGAAACAAGGUGACAAUGCAAAGGGGACACUGGUGAAGAAGGGAAAUUUACCUGGAGAUGGUCCUGGUCCUUCUGGAGUUCAUGUUAAUUCCAGUGAUAUAAGAAAACUAAAAGAUAAUUCCAUAGAGAAGCAAAGUAUGCUGGGGGAGAAAAAUAUUGGGAGCAAAGCUGGCAGUGAGAAAGAUAAGUCUAAGGACAUAAAGUCGCCUACCAGUCAGGUUAAAGUGGAAGAAAGAGUAAAAUAUGCGAGAAAUCCUGGUGACUUGGAUGGUACACAACCGAAGAAAGCUAGACUUGAUGGUACACUUCCAUCAUUGGAGGUCAAAGACGUAGGUUGUGUACAAAGCUUAACUAGCCCUGGAAAGGAUGCUGUGAAUUUGGUGACUGGUGUCCCUUCAGCUUAUACAAAUUCACAAUCAGAACUUAACAAGAAUUUGGACAGAUCAGGGAAAGAUGGCAAUUUGGCUGGGAAGUCGGGUGAUUUAAAUGAAAAGUUGCUAAAAUCCGCCGAAUUAACCAAAGAUUUGGAGGGGGAUGGAAAAGAUGCCAAAUUAAAGAAAGAUGUAAAUGCUUCGCAUGGGAAGCCAUCAAAAGAUUCUGCCGCUACGGAAAUGGGUAAAGAACUCGGCGAAAAUUUGAGUGCUCGCAAAAGGCUACUAAAUAUUGAUGUUGUUCCCGAAUUGGUUAAUAAUCCAAAUGCUUCCACGCAAAUACCUUUGAAGCAAACACCUAAUGGAGGAAAUACUCCAUAUGAUAACGACACUAGAAUCGCUUAUGAUUCAAGCCCUUUAGGAGGACCCCCAACAAAGAAAGGCAAAUUUGAUGCUAAUGCCAAGAAUUCUAUAGAUUGCAAGAACAAGAGCAAUGAGAAUAUGAAGGAUAAAGCUUCUCCAAGUGAAGCAAAGAAUUCGCCGAAGCUCAAGGAUCAUAACGAUAUGGCAAAAUCAAAACUUAUCAAAGGUGGUCCCAAGGAGAAUACAAAUGUCGAGGUUGGCAAGCCUCCUAGAAAAAGCUUGUCCACUCCGACAACACGUAAUGGUAGCGAUGGAAAAGUCGAAAGCCGUACAUUUGAAGUCACUCGAAGACCCAUUAUUGAAAAGAGUAAGUGGAUGAAACUGAAUUGGGAGGACAAAAUGAAGAAUGCUCAUGAUCAAGGAAGACUGCUUUUGCUCCAGAAUUUGGACCUAACAUACACUUCCGGAGACGUAGAGAAAUCACGUCGCAGAGGUGACCCUAUCGCCAAAGUUGGCGCGCCUCGCAGAGCCUGUCCCCUCCUCAAAGGCGAUGCACAUGCGCUCCUCACCUGA